AUGAGUUCUGAUUUUUUUCUUGAUUAUGAACAUAAUUACAAUGGAGAGGAACAUCAUGGUAAAAAUAUAAUUUGCAAUUUAGAUGAAUCAAAUAAUUGGUAAUUUAGAGGACCAAUUCGAUUUACAUUCAAAAUUGACCCUCUAGAAGAAGGGGAUUACACAGUGAAACCACCAACAGUUGGAAGUUAAUAUAUAGAUAAUGCAAUUUCACAAUAAUCACAAUAGAUGAACAGUCCAAAAGUAGUCUAGUUUUCGCCACCAGACUCAAUAAUAGAGGAAAACCCUUUAUUUUCGACGCAGAAGCAAGAGCUAUAAAAGGAUACUAAAGAUUUCAAAGAUAGAACAAGAACAAGUACUACGCAAAAGGAAUUUAUGAAGAACUUUUUAAAAGCUGUUAUAGCAAAAAGUUAUUCUAAUCGUUUUAUUGAAAACAUGCUACAAAAGUCAUAUGUAAAGUAACCUUCUCAUUUUUCUCAAUUUUAAAAUUCUUUGAUGGAUGACCUGAGAUAUAUUUAUUAGCACAACAGAUCUUCACAACAUUGGUUGAGUACGAUUUGUAAACACUUAAGAUUUUUUCCAAUAUUGAAUUAAAGCAGCUAUUUGGUGAUUGGUUGGCAAAUCAUUCACAUUUUGACUAUAAUAAUAGUAUUUUUUUGGACUCCGUUUAACAUAUCUUUUGGUAUCACAUAUCAAUAAAUCGUUUUUGGUGGAGUAUCAGUUAAGAGUGUGGAAAAUUAUUUUCUAAUUACAAUAUUAUUUGAUAUAUUGAUAGUUAUAAAUACAUCCUAUAUAGAGAAAGGAGUAAUAAUAAAAUCAAGGAGAAAAAUAUUUACAAAUUAUUUGGCAGGACAAGCAGUUUAUGAUUUAGUAUUAGACGUGAUUUAUUUAGCUUUCAUUUUGUGCCCUUUUGAUUGCAAUAGAAUUUGAAAUUGAAACUUCAAGUGAAAAGUUGGGUUGGUAAUUGUGUCCUUAUUGUUUAUACUAUUGUUGUCGAUUGUUUAAAUUACAAGAACGAGUACGUAAAUUGGAAGAGUAAAUUGUAUAUGAGUGAUAUAGGUUUUUUAAUCUCAAUGCAUCCUAUUAAGAUUUUAUCGAAUUAAUUAAACUACUUUUUAUGGUCUUGUACGUAGGACAUCUAUUUGCUUGUUUAUGGCAUGGCGUUGCUUUUUAUUAAAAGGGUUAUCGAUAAACUUGGAUAGAUGUAUAUGUAAAUGAGCCUGAUAUGUUUUCAGUGUACAAUUACGCAUUCUAUUGGGCAGUACAAACUAUGAUCACUGUAGGAUAUGGCGAUAUAACGCCACAAAACAAUGCAGAAAGAAUGUGUGCAAAUAUUAGUAUGUUUUUAGCAUGUGGAGUCUUUGCUUUCUCAUUCAAUUCCAUCGGUUUAAUGCUAAGCAAUCUCAAUUCUAGAUAGGUCUUAUAUAAAAAAAGCAUCAAUCUAUUAAAUUAGUAUUUGGUUAAGAAUCAAAUUAAAAUUGAUCUACAAUCGCGUAUUAGAAACUACUAUGAUUACAUAUUUCAAGAGGAACAAGAAAUCAACGAUGAAGAGGUUUCUCAAAUUACGGCUAAGUUGUCAAGUAGCCUUUAAGAAGAACUUAAUUUCGAAAUUCGAUACAAUGUGAUGAAAACUAAUAAGGUCUUAACCAAGUUCUCCCAAAAGGUCUUGAAGCUAUUGUCCCUUCAAAUUGAAGAGGUUAGGUUUUCACCAGAGGAUCAAAUAUUAUAAUAAGGAAUUUGUGAUGAUGCUGCCUUGUAUAUAAUUACCAAGGGCAAUGUGUGUAUUUAAUUUCAAGAUGACAACAAAGGAAGCAACACAAGAGCCCUAUCAUACCUAACAAAGGGAUAAUCCUUUGGUGAGUAUUCGUUUUUCACAGGAAUGAAUAGAACUGCAUCUGCUAAAAGCUUAGGAUUUUCAAGAGCCUACAAAAUAUCCAGACAAUAAUUGCUUAUUGUAUUAGCUUAAUCUCCGCUUGACUUGGUAAACAGUAUAAUUUUAUCAAUAGGAAAGAUAUUGCGAAGUCAGAGAUAGCAUCCUACUCUCCAAUAAUUAUCAACCCUCUAAAUUAAGUUGUUAUUCUUGUAAAAAGUUCACACAUCUCAUCAAAGAUUGUCCAGUCUUACACUACGUAGCAGAUCAAGAACGAGUCUUAAAAAAAGAGUAUUUCCCAAUCUAUUAGGACAGAACUAGGAACUUUAGAAGGAAACACGAACGAAAAAGAUUUGAAACUCUGAAAGAAUGCAAAAAAACCAUGGUGUUAGUCAGGGAUUUCUAAACCAAAUAAGUUUUAGAUAAUGUAACAGUCAUGGAAGAUGAAUUGGAUGUAUCAUAUGAAGAUAAUGAAUUAGAUAUAUCUCCUCCAGAAUAUUGUACUAUAAUAUUUAACAUUUUUAGCAUCACUUACUAAAAGCUUGUCAAAGAUCUCUAGAUAACAAUCACAAAAUAGAAGUUAUUCAUAGGAUAAUCAUUUAUAACCUAUUUAAGAAAGUGAUAGUUCUAUGGAGAGUGCUAGUCCUAAUAAGCAGAGAGUCAAGUAAGUUAAAUAGACUCUAUAAACAGCUGGAUUUGGUGUUAGCGAAUCACUUCAUAAUAGACUUGUUUCUAUUUAAGAAGAAUAGCUAACAGACUCCAUUCAUGACAAACCAUCAUAAAAUGCUACUUAAUCUAAUCUAUAAAAAUUAGAGGACUAUAAAUUCUCAAUGAAAAAUGAUUCCCUUGGUCUCCCUAAUCUGGCUGAAAAUGCAAGGUCAUCUGGCAGGAAGAUCACAUUGGUUCGUAAAUAAAAAAAGGAGGAUUCAUACAAACCAUUUUCAUCUUAAACUUAAGUUGAUUCAAGGGAACGAGGUUAAUCAGCUCAAAAUUCAAAUAGGAAGCCUAAAUUAAAGGACAUUAGGGAAAUGUCAUAAGAAAUUGCAAUUAACCCAUCAGUAUAAUCAAUUGAAAAACGAGAUUAAUUAAGGAGAAAGACUACAAAAACAUAUAGGAGCAAAACUGCAAAAUCCCUCAAAACUAAAGUUUUAGAUAAUCACACUCAUACAUUGAAUUAAGAAUUUUCAAGUCCUAAUUACGAUGAAUAGCAUAUAUCCAUGGAAUUAGAGGGUUUUGAAGCAUUAAAGAAUUUUUAAUGUUAUUUUAGUUGGAAUAACCCAAAAGUGAUUGUUGCAAGAGCUAUGAGAACUUUAAAAAUGAACAUGGAUAAAAGGAAAAAUUUUGGGAACAUCUUUUCAUUAUACACAUUCAAUAACUUGGCCAUGAAUAAGGCUUUAAGAAUUAAGCGGAAAUUAAAGUUGAUGUAAACUAUAUUGUCUAUUUAUCUUAGUGAUGAUCCUCCUAUGUAAACAAAUGAUAUUAAAAAGGGACAUCCAUCAAAAUCCCCCAGAUAAUCUAGAAUAAGCAUUAAGAGAAAUACAGCAACAUAAGAUGUUUUUGGUUUUCAACCUAAAAAACAUAUGUUAGAGUCAUAAAUUUAAGUUUAAGGACAUGCAUUCAAUAAAAUUCAGCGAAAUGAAUUUGAACUUAAAUGA